ACAACAAUUUAUAUUCGAUCUAUAUAUCAAAAUUAUUUCAUUCAAGUAUUUCAUAACUAUGUAAUUUAAUACCCCUGCACCGCUUAUAAUACCAUUUACCACUGAGAUCCGAUACAAUGGCUGAUGUCGAGGAAGGAGAAGACCCUAGAGACAUUGAGGACGUGCAAAGUGAAGGACAGGAAGACGCUGAAGAUCUUGAAGGAGAGGGCGAAGACGACGAACAGGGCGUUGAAGUGGAAGAUGCGUUCGAGGUGGAGGAGAAGGAUCCCUUCGAGCUCCUUAAUGAGAGCGAUGAGGACGAUGAAGAGCAGCAGGCAAUGUACAAGGAAUAUUUGGAGGUGGUCAGCGCUAUUGAUACUCAGAACGCUAUUAUAAAACAGCUCAAGGCAAAAUCAACUCGAUUGAUGUUCAAGAAAUGCAAGACUUAUGGAGACAAGCAGGAAUACAAACGACUUAGGGUCUGCCAGGAGCAGGAGGAGAUCCAUUUGAAGGUCUUAGUCAACAGAGCCAUGCACCUCCAAAACUUCGGUUCACCUAGGCGUUACAGUGAUGUAGAAAUGGAAGCUACAGAGGACGAGCAGAGAUUCUUCUUCACUGAAUUGCAGUCAACCUUCUCAGGCUCUUGUCCCAUAUACUCGACUGACGAAUAUGAGUCAGAUUCUGAAUCCGAUGAUGCACUAUGUUGUACCUAGUCCAAAGCUGGGUUUUUUUUAGGUAUAUUGACGGGACGAGGUAACGAAUAAUUAAGUACUGAAUUAUGAAAGUACUUAAACUAAAUGUCAUAAUUUUGGAAUUUUACCCACACCACUCGACAUCACUGAACCCCCUUUUCUACGACACUUUGUACUCGAAAAUGGAAAGUACAAAAGAGCUCAGGGGUUAAAAAAACGGCAGGGAGCGUGACAAUACCCCAUUAAUUCACUGCUCAUCUUCGGCUGUCAGCUUAUUAGGCAUUUCAUUAAAUUGGAGAAUUCAAUAAAGUACAACUAAUAAAAUAAAAUAAGUGAAACAACUAACUUAAAUGGUAAUUAAAAUGGCAAAGAUGAAAGUUUUUAAAAUACAUCCAGCGCAGAGAGUUACUAUA